AUGUCAGAAUUGGAAUUGGCUCUGCAGAGUAUCAAAGACUCGCUGCAAAGUACUUCCGAGGCGUUGGAAAAGGUGCAACAGCUGUAUAAUUCGCAAGAUAAUGAUGCAGAGAAUGGCAACGCAGGAAAGUUGAAACUGCGAAUCCUUAAGGAGGGUCUCGCGACAGAUAGGGUCUCGUUACUAUCGCUGAAGAAUUGCAGCAUGCUCGCCUAUAUCAAUUCCCUGCUGCUGGUUGUGGGAGGCAAGCUAGAUACAUCCUGUAAGGACCCUACAGUCAAAGAAGGGCGUCAGAGAUCGAUUCAGCAUAGAGUUGUGUUGGAGCGUGGAGUGAAGCCGCUGGAGAAGAAACUUUCAUAUCAGUUGGAUAAAUUGACUCGAGCAUAUACCAGGAUGGAGAAAGAAUACGUAGAAGCAGAAAACAGAGCAUUGGCUAAAUCGCAAAGCAGCGUGGAUCAGGAAUCAAACGAUGAUGACUCCAGUGAUGAGGAACUUUCAUACAGGCCUAACGUCUCGAGUAGUCUUGCGGCAGGAACAAAAACAAAGAAACCAGCAGAACCUGUCGAGGAGGAGGAGGAAGCUAGUGCCGAGGGAGCUGUGUAUAAGCCACCCAAGAUUAGUGCUGUUUUGCCGCCGCAGCAGCUGCAUCAAUUCGAGGACAAGUUCAAUGCUCGCGACCACAGGGACAGGAGUGGGAGGUCACGGAUGCAAGCUAUGGAGGAGUACAUUAGAGAAUCUUCCGAUCAACCUAGCUGGGAGUCCUCUAUCGGUGCCAACAUCGUCACGCAUGGCAGAGGUGGCAUCAAGUCGCUGAGAGACACCGAGAAGGAGCGUGACAUCGCUAGAUAUGAAGAGGCCAACUUUGCCAGACUGAACCAUGGUACAAGCAAAGCGGACAAGAGGAAACAAAAGCAAAGAGAGAGGCAGAACCAGGCCAACGUGAUAGGUGGUGAAGAUUUCGGCAUAUUCAAUUCAAAGAGAAGGAUGGAGGACAGCACUUCACGGAGGAAUGCCAAGAGGUCGCGUAGUGCGUGGGACAGAGCUAAGAAGAAGCUAUAA